AUGAAACCGUCCAUCUUCGGUACCGACCGACGAUUCGGCGUUGCACUACUCACUAACGGCUUCUUUAACGCGUCCUUCAAUGGCUAUCUCAUCUUCACCACAACCUUCUACCAAGACUACCAGGACCUAUCGCCUCUCCAAACAACACUCCGGUUUAUUCCGACGGGAGUCACCGGGAUUAUCACAGCUAUUAUUGCCUCUCAGUUGCUCCUCCGCAUCCCCGCCUCCCACAUCCUCUUCACUUCCGCCCUGUGCGUCAGCAUCUCCUCAAUCCUCUUUGCCGUGCCCAUCCCUGCCAGGACAACUUCAUACUUUGCCUACGGGCUCUGGGCAAUGAUGCUCUCCACCUUUGGAGCCGACAUGCUGGGCCCUUGCCUGGCGCUGUUCACAUCGCUUACCCUGCCGCCCGAGCACCAGGCGCUCGGUGGAGGCCUGCUCUUCACUACGAUGCAGCUUGGUCGCGCGAUCGGGCUGGCUAUCGCCACAGCGGCGCAGAUGGCUGUGAUGGCAAGGGAAGAUGGCGUUGGUGUCCAGGACGUGCAGCAGGUGCAGCCGUGGGAUGAGGCCUCGUUGGCAGGGCUGAGGGCGGGCUGCUGGGUAAAUUUUGCGUUUGGACUCACGUCGUUUGGGCUAAUAUUGGCGGGACUUCGAGGAUUGGGCGUUAUUGGAAAAUCUCCUGCUGUGGCUAGAUAG